ACACACACACACACACACAGACACAAACACUCACUCUGAGCUGCAGGCUGGGACACACACACACACGCACACACGCUCACACACACACACACACAGGAGCGCAGCGCAGGUAACAGAGACUCACCUGCAGAAGCACCGCGGGGAGGAGGCUGCUCAUGUCCGACACUGGCACCAUGUCCACGGGGUUCCGGGCCAUGUUCUCCCUGCUCACACCGAACGAGUCCUCGUUCCAGAGGGUGGAGGAUGUCCCUCACUAUGUGCAGCAGGCCACUCCUUUCUUCGUGGGGCUGAUGGUUCUGGAGCUGGUGGUCGGUUCGCUGAAGUCAGGAACCCCGGUGGUCACCAUCAGCGAUGGCCUCACCUCCAUAUCUUCUGGAAUGAUCUCCAGACUCCCAAUGUUGUUGAUGCGAGGCUGUGAGCUGACAGCGUACAUGUACGUGUGGGACCACUUCCGACUGGUGGAGCUGCCCUGGGACUCUGCCUGGACCUGGUGGUUCACGUUCCUGGGGGUGGACUUCUGCUACUACUGGGUCCAUCGCUUCGCUCACGAGGUGGCCAUCCUGUGGGCUGCUCACCAGGUUCACCACAGUUCAGAGCACUACAACCUCACCACCGCCCUCAGACAGUCCCUCACACAGCAGCUUGCAUCAUGGAUCUUCUACAUGCCCAUGGCUCUGGCUGUUCCUCCGUCAAUGUUUGCUGUUCACAUACAGUUAAACCUGCUCUACCAGUUCUGGAUCCACACAGAGGUCAUCAGAGACCUCGGACCUUUGGAGUGGGUCUUCAACACCCCGAAACACCACAGAGUUCAUCACGGGAGGAACCUUUAUUGUAUUGACAAGAACUACGGAGGAAUUCUGAUCAUAUGGGACAGAUUGUUCGGUACUUUUGCUGCGGAGUCGGAUAAAGUGGUGUUUGGCCUGGUGUUCCCGAUCAAAACAUUUGAAAUCCUCUAUGUUCAGUUGCACUACUAUUCCUAUUUGUGGAACAAGUCCAAAACCUACAAAACCAUCAGCGACAAACUGUCAACUUUCAUCAAAGGUCCGAGCUGGAAACCUGGUAAAUCUCGUCUGGGAGACUACGUCGACAAUCCCCAGGUAACCGGAAAGGAAGUGGCUUACAAUCCCAGCUGGUCGCUGCUUUUACAAGUUUAUGUGGUCUUACAUUUCCUGCUCGUGCUGCGGAGUUACCAUGAUUUGUUUGAAAACAAGACGAUGCUGUCCCAGUUGACCAUUCUGGGGAUGACCAGCUACAUCCUGCUCACUCUCACCGCCCUGGGCUUCCUCAUGGACCAGAGGCCAAGGGCUGCUGUCUUGGAGAUGCUACGCUGUGUCGUCAUGGUGACAAUGCAGAGGUAUGGAUAUGUGGCGCCCCUGCUGCCGUCAAUGGCUGUGACCACAGAGUUGAAAUGGACGUAA